AUGCAGCAGUGGAGCUACAUGGAGACGGAGCCGAGGAUUGUACUUCCCUUGAAGUGGUCGUGUUUGUUCGAUGCCCUCCUAACUCUUGACGCCACAGACGAGGUCACUCAGAGCGUGCGAAAGCAGUUUUCCCGCGUGCCUCGAGGCAUGCGUAAACGGACGGGUGACCACCACUGCUGCCAGACGCGACUGACGCGCGCCCGAACGUACGCGCCAUGUCUCCCCCAUUCUGGCCUCAAUCCACAGUGGCUUGACCUCAAUCCGCCCAAUGAGAUUCCCGCUUUAGUAGACUGA